AUGCUUAAAAAUUUUUUUGGAUCUAAUAAAAACAAAGAAGAACCAUCUCCUCAAGAGGCUAUUCAAAAAUUAAGGGAAAUGGAGGAUAUGCUUAUUAAAAAACAAGAACAUUUAGAGAAACAAGUAGAGGAACAAUUAAAUUUUGCUCGACAAAAUGGAACCAAAAAUAAAAGAGCAGCACUUCAGGCAUUAAAAAGAAAAAAACAAUAUGAAAAACAACUUAUUCAAAUUGAUGGAACAUUAAAUACACUUGAUUUUCAAAGACAAGCCUUAGAAAAUGCCAAUACGAAUGCUAAUAUUCUUCAAGUUUUAGGGAGUGCUGCUAAGGCUCUUAAAAAGGCACAUAAUGAUAUGGAUAUUGAUCAAGUACAUGAUCUUCUUGAAGAUGUCGCUGAACAAAAUGAGAUAGCUAAUGAAAUUUCUGAUGCUAUUAGUAAUCCAGUAGGAUUUAGAAAUGAAAUUGAUGAAGGUGAAUUAUUAGCUGAGUUAGAGGAACUUGAACAAGAAGAGUUAGAAAAAACAUUAGCUGAUGUUACUCCUGUUAUAGGUGAUAAACUUCCACCUGUUCCAGCACAUGAAUUACCACCAACCCAACAAAAAAAGAAAGAAGUUGAUUCUGAUUUGGAUGACCUUCGCGCUUGGGCAGAAUCCUAA